AUGGGUAACGAUAGAGACUACCUGCUUUCUCUUCAAGCUGUCAGAGCCCAGGCCACCAAAGUCCUUGAGGCAGCAAGGCGCGGGAGCCUGAAUCACUUCGACUACGAAGAGAACCGCAUGAAAGAAGUUGCGGAUUAUGUAUCCAAGGUCAUUGAUCGUGACUUUGGCCCCGACAAGUACGACACCAUUCCUCCUCAUGGCCGCUGGCAGCAUUUCGAAGUUGGAGGGACCCCGCGAGUCGACUCUCUCCUCAAGGAAUGGUCAAAUGAAUCUGGGAUUGACCAAACCGAGAUUACCCGUCGAUUGGUCGAUUUGUUCUUUGUGUCAGUUCUUCUAGAUGCAGGCGCUGGCGAUGUUUGGCGUUUCAAUGAGUCCGGCACAGGGCAGUCAGUAGUUCGCAGCGAGGGUAUUGCUGUGGCAUCACUACACAUGUUCAAGACUGGUGCAUUCAGUUCAAACAGCUCCCUGAAGAGCAAAGUUGACGGACAGGGAUUAAUCCAGCUGAAGGAAUCGGAUUUCAACACACACUUCCAAGUAUCGGCUAAGAAUCCUAUGGUCGGGGUUUCUUCCCGCGUACAGCUGUUGCAAGCUGUUGGAUCAUCUUUGCUGAAGCUACCUGUGGUCUUUGGAGACUCGGGUCGCCCAGGAAACCUAGUCGAUUAUCUCACCAAGAAUGCUUCAGGAUCCAAGACUUUAGAUUAUGCACAGCUUUGGUCCAGUUUGCAAGACCUGCUCAUUCCCUCGUGGCCAGGAAACCGCACCGUCUUCGAAGGCCAGCCAAUUGGAGAUGCCUGGCCUCUCAAGAUUCUCGAUGACAUUGCAGAUGAGCAAGGGGACAAGGAACCUAAAAACAGGAUCCAGCCUUUCCAUAAACUCACACAGUGGUUGGCUUACUCCCUCUCUGUGAUCUUUGAGAGGCAACUGGGCUAUAGCUGGGGGAACAUGCAACUGGGAACAGGCCUCCCUGAAUAUCGAAAUGGUGGACUGUUUGUGGACCUUGGAGUCCUGAAAUUAAAGCCUGCUGACCUGAAAGCUGGGAAGGAGAACUCGGGCCAGGAGCUACCACAGUUCGAUGCCUCUGAUGAUGUUGUGGUCGAGUGGCGUGCUCUGACUGUUGCGCUGUUGGACGACUUGCAUCAGGUGCUUCUGGACCAGUACAAGCCUCGAGGAGUCACCUUGAGUCUUCUCCAGAUGCUGGAGGCUGGUACGUGGAAGUCUGGACGGGAACUGGCUGCUGAGCUGAGGCCCGAUACCAAGUGCAGUCCGAUCUUGGUCAUUAGCGAUGGAACUCUGUACUAA